AUGUUUGAUUCUUCACUCAACAUGUAUUCCCAACUUCUUGUUGGAGUUCCGAAGAACUUGAUGUCUCACAUGCAGAACCUCUUAUACAAAUUCAUCACAAACGAUCUAACUUAUCAUCAAGCAGCUUCACACUGCAUCAGCCUUGUUGGAACAUCAGAACCAAUUGAUAAAAUUGUGAUGAUUACUAAUAUUCUGGAAUCAAACGUCGCAUCCUCAUACUAUAACCCGAGUGGUUCAUUUUCACUUAAUGGAUCAGAAAAUCCUAACAAAAAAUCUAAGACAUGGUCAAAGCACGAUGAUCAAAGAUUACUUGCUGCAAUUCACAAAUAUGGUCUUCUUGAUUGGAAUAAGAUCAGUGAAUUUGUAGGCAAUGGCCGAUCACGCAGCCAAUGUGUUCAGCGUUGGUCUAGAAGCCUUAACCCACUAAUUAAUAAAACACAGUGGACAAAGGAAGAAGAUGAAAAACUUUUACGUAUGAUCAAUAAAUACGGAAAAAGAUCCUGGACAAAAAUUUCCAGCGAAAUUGAAGGUAGAACAGAUGUACAGUGCAGAUAUCGCUAUCAAAUCCUUACAAAAUCAGAGGGUAAAGAACAAAAAUCUCAAAAACAGAUUUCAACUGCAGUUCCCUCUGCUGAGCACUCACCAUUUGGAUAUAAUGAUUAUGUUUCAGCCCCACCUUGCAAUGUUGAAGCAAAGCCAUAUACAGAGCUCGAAACAUUUGUUGUCCAGCAUGAUCAGCCAUUCGAUCAGCAAAACCGAGCCUUCGAUUUUUGCAGCGAUAUUCAACUCUUCAAUCUUCUCGAAGAAGUGAGCGCAGAUCCUUUCUCGAUUUUCAAUAUGUAA